AUGCCCCCAAAGAUGAGCGGGAAGGCGGCGAAGAAAGCCGGCAAGGCGCAGAAGAGCAUCGCCAAGACGGACAAGAAGAAGAAGAAGAAGCGAAAGGAGAGCUACGCCCUCUACAUCUACAAGGUCCUGAAGCAAGUCCACCCCGACACGGGCAUCUCCUCCAAGGCCAUGUCCAUCAUGAACUCCUUCGUGAACGACAUCUUCGAGCGGAUCGCAGCGGAGGCCUCCCGCCUCGCCCACUACAACAAGAAGUCGACCAUCACCUCCCGGGAGAUCCAGACGGCCGUGCGACUGCUCCUGCCGGGGGAGCUGGCCAAACACGCCGUGUCCGAGGGGACCAAGGCCGUCACGAAGUACACGUCUUCCAAGUGA